AUGCCUGGACGGAAGGGCGUCACCUCGUGGCACAUCCACUUUCCGGGCGGCGGGUGGUGCGCCACCAAGAGCCGGUGCGCCAGGCGAGCCGGGCAGCUGCUGGGCGGCACCACCAGCUGGCCGCCGACCAAUAACGCCUCGUGGGUGCAGUGCCGUUUCGAAGGCAUUCUGAGCAGCAACGAGGGGGCGAACCCGUUCUUUGCGGGGUGGCACCUGGCCAUGGCUGUCUACUGCGAUGGGGGCCGCUAUGCGGGAGCAGCCGGGCGCGUGGUUGUGGGGAAGAGGCGCUACGUGCACAUGGACGGCAGCAGGAUCGCCAGCGCUAUCCUACAUGACCUGCUAGAAAACCGGGCGCUGAGCAGGGCAACAACGGUGCUGGUGUCGGGGACGUCAGCGGGGGGGCUGGCAGUGAUGCGCCUGUGUGACUCCCUCGCUGCUCUGCUGCCCCGCGCCACCGUCAAAUGCCUCCUCGAUGGCUCCUUCUUCCCCGUCAACCCCCGUUUCCCAUCCUUUUCCCUCAUCCGCCCUUCCCCACCCCCUCCCAGACGCACCGGACCGCACGGGGCAAAUGCACUUCCAGCACCGGACCGCACGGGGCAAAUGCACUUCCAGUACCUGGCCCAGCAGGUCUCAGCGCUGCACCAGUUCUCACCGCAGUCCUGCUGCGAUCAAGUGACCCCUACGUCUGAACGGUGGCAAUGCUUCUUUCCCCGAUACGCCCUCCCCCUUGCCUCUUCCCCUUAUUUCAUCGUAUUCCUGCGAGCGGCACCUGUGUUACAGUCCGCGUCUCCCUCAUUCCUCUUCCCCCUCCCCCGCGCCUCCUCUUGUCCCCCUCGCAUCUGUCCCAGUCCGCUGGGCUACUAUGCGGGAGGCACCUUGGAAGGGUGCCACACCCCGUGGGUGUCACUCCCCAUCUCUCCUAUCCCACUUCCCCCAUCCCCUUCUCUGCUUGACCCCCCUGUGCCUCUAUCCCAGCCCGCCGGGGUACUACCUGCGGGAGGCACCUUGGAAGGGCGCCACACCCCGUGGGCGUCACUCCUAUUCCACUUCCCCCUUCUCCGCUUCACCCCCCCCUCCACCGCAUCUAUCCCAGCCCGCCGGGGUAUUACCUGCGGGAGGCACCUUGGAAGGGCGCCACACCCCGUGGGCGUCUCUCCUAUUCCACUUCCCCCUUCUCCGCUUCACCCCCCCCUCCCCCGCAUCUAUCCCAGCCCGCCGGGGUACUACCUGCGGGAGGCACCUUGGAAGGGCGCCUCCACGUGGCACAUCCACUUUCCGGGCGGCGGGUGGUGCGGCAACAAGAGGCAGUGCCGCAUUCGAGCCGGGAUGCAGCUGGGAAGCACUAGCAUGUGGCCGGAAACCAAUAACGGUCAAUUCUUGGGCAUUCUGAGCAGCAGUGCGGCACUGAACCCGUUCUUUGCGGGGUGGCACCUGGCCAUGGCUGUCUACUGCGAUGGGGGCGGCUAUGCGGGAGCAGCCGGGCGCGUGGCCGUGGGGGAGGGGCGCUACGUGCACAUGGAUGGCAGCAGGAUCGCCAGCGCUAUCAUGGACGACCUGCUAGCAAACAGAGCAAUAGCGAGGGCGACAACGGUGCUGGUGUCGGGGACGUCAGCGGGGGGGCUGGCAGUGGUGCGCCUGUGUGACUCCCUCGCUGCUCUGCUCCCCCGCGCCACCGUCAAAUGCCUCCUCGAUGGCUCCUUCUUCCCCGGUACAUUCUCCUUCUCUUUCCUUCUUGUCCAAUGCCCCAGACCGCACGGGGAGAAUGCACUUUCAGAGCCUAGCCCAGCAGAUCUCAGCGCUGCACCAGUUCUCGCCGCAGUCCCGCUGCGAUCGAGGCCCCCUCAAAAAAGUCCCUCCUCUCUCCCCACGUCCUGCCUCCCAGAGCGUCUUACCGACGACGACGAACUUGUAGUGCGAAGACCAACUACUCCCUUCCACCCAUCUCUCUGCCUCUUCCUUGUCCCUGCCUGCAGUGACCCCUGCGUCUGA